ACACCAUCAUUAUUAACAAUCAAAAGCCUAAGAUCUAUAAAUAUUACUCUAUAAAUAGAAAUGUCACUGUUGUUAUAAAGGAUUUAAAAAUACCUAAAAAUAUUAGAAGGGAGUUAUUAUAUCUAAACAAAAUAUCGCAAAAAGUAGAUGAAGCUAUUUCUUACAAAGUUACUAAAGGAGCCAAUGAAACUGAAGAUUCAGAAGUAGAUCAAAUAGUAAACCUUUUGUAUUGCAUCAAAAACAUAAAAGAAAUUGAAAAAGAAAUUGAAAAAAUUAAUCAACGUUUAGACGAGUUUAUUGAGGAGUCUGAUAAACCAGAAAAAUUUUUAAAAAAUAAUAUUCUAA